UGAUUGUUGAUUACGAUUCACUGAUAAAUGUGUAAUCAUAUAAAAAUAAAACACAUCAAUUGUUUCUCGUCUUUAUUUGAUUUCAUUACUCAGUUAAAGUGUUGUGUUCAUUUUUCAAUCUAUUACCAAUUAACUCAACAUGGAUUCAGUCAAAUUUGGUUACCCUGAAUCUCAACCUCCAGUCAUACCACAUCAACCAGUUCCACCGCCAUCGUAUACUGUUGCUGGUCCAUCGUAUCCACCACCACCUCCACCUCCUGGUCUUGUAUCUCAUAUACCACCAACCUCAGCUCAGAACGGACAACGAGUCGUUACUAUUGGUACUACGAGAUUUGGACCUUAUCCUCAGAACGUGAUUUGUCCAACAUGUAACGAGCAAGUGAUCACUUUAACUAGUCGGAAAUCAGGUUUACUUGCUUGGUUGGUAUCGAUUGGUUGCUGUGUAGUAGGUUGUGUAUUUGGGUGCUGCCUAAUCCCCUUUUAUACAGAUAUUACUUUAGAUGUUGAACAUUCGUGUCCACGAUGUGCUCGAAAACUUGGAAUUAAUCGCAAAAUCGAAUUCAAUUAAUCUUUUUUUCCUCAAUGUUCAAUUUAAACAAACUGGAUGGGAUCUUUUUCGACUAAAAUUCUGUUAAUAAAUUAUUGAAAUUAACUGUUA